AUGGUGUCUGGCUUCACCGUCCCUAGCGAUCAGCCGGACGGUGUCUACGGCGUCAGCUGCGCCGAAAACGGCACCGAGACCCACACCCUUCUCGCUCGAGCCCUGAGCGAGGAAGAGUUUGCCCAACUCACCGCUCGCAACGCACACGAGGAGCUCACCAAACCUCCGUCCCGCAUCGUCUCUCGCCAGUCGGACGCCACCUUCUGCGGAAGCUCCCAGCAGAUCCUGGACCCCGGCUCGACCGACAAAGCCGUGGGGGCUCUCAAAGAUCAGUGCAAGCCGGGCGCCUUCAACAGCGGCCUGAACUUCUACUCCAAGUCUGGAUCAACAGUCGCCUACAUCUGCAACUACGGCAGCAAUGCUUGGCUCUGCACCCGAGACGACCUCACCAGGGAUUACGCCCACAUUACUUCAAUCUGUGGUCGGUAUAAGUCGGGGUGGCGGGUGAGAUGGCCACAAGGAAACACCGGGGCUCAGACCGGUUACGAGACCGUCAAUGCCAAAUUUGCGGCCGUGGGGCCUAGGCCAAUGUGGUACUCAUCCGCUCGAAACGAAACCUCGAAGUUUUGGUCCACCUGUGUUUGUCAUGAAGGAUCUUUUCUUCGUUCGCUCGUUUAG